AUGAGACUUCUCAGAACUCUGCAAAUAAUUUCCAUCCUUUCUGUGAACAUAACUUUGUUCAUCCUUCUGAUGAAUCAUCCAAGACGAAGGACAAAUUGUCCUCACAAGGAAGAGCUGGUCUUGAAUUACUCACUAAAGCAGGAUGUUGGAGAACUACAAGCUUGUUCUGCUAUUAUCCAAGAAGACAUGGAUGGAGUGGAGAAGGAUGUUUUCAGGAAACUCCUGGCGUCUAAAAAAAGAAAAGCUCUGCUAUCAGAGUCAUUCUAUUUCAAUGCAACCAAGGAUUGUCCAUCCUACAUCGAAGACAGAGGAUUUCUGAUGGUUUCUCUCAGUAAAGAGGAGAAAGAUUUUCCCAUUGCUUACUCCAUGGUGAUCCAUGAGAAGAUCGAGAUGUUUGAAAGGCUCUUGAGAGCCAUUUACACUCCUCACAAUGUGUACUGUGUACAUGUGGACCAGAAGUCUCCCGAGAUCUUUAAAGAAGCAGUAAGAGCCAUCACAUCCUGCCUGACCAACGUGUUUGUGGCCAGCAAACUGGAGAGUGUGAUCUAUGCCUCCUGGUCUCGGGUUCAAGCGGACAUCAACUGCAUGAAGGAUCUGCUCAAGACACCUGUUCAGUGGAAGUAUCUGCUUAACACCUGUGGCACUGAUUUCCCAAUUAAAACCAAUGCAGAAAUGGUCCAGUCUCUAAAAUGGCUGAACGGAAAGAACAGUUUGGAGUCUGAGACCGUAGCGGCCAAAAAUUGGCGUUGGCAGUAUCAUUACAAUGUUACGGACGUUGUGACUUGGACAGGCAUCAAAAAGUCACCUCCACCAAUAAAGACCCCCAUGUUCUCAGGAAAUGCCUACUUUGUGGUUUCAAGAGAGUUUGUGGAGCACAUCUUUAAAAGCAAAGAGAUUCAAAACUUCAUGGAAUGGGAGAAAGACACGUACAGUCCAGAUGAGCACAUGUGGGCUACAUUACAGCGGAUGCCUUCAAUACCAGGAUCCAAUCCUCCAAACAUCAAAUAUGAGCAAUCGGACAUGAACGCAAUUGCUCGGCUGGUAAAGUGGAGCGACCAUGAAGGAGAUCUAAAGAAUGGGGCUCCCUACUCACCAUGCACUGGGACGCACAGACGGGCAGUGUGUGUCUAUGGAGCUGGGGACUUAAAAUGGAUCGUGCAGCAACACCAUCUUUUGGCAAACAAGUUUGACCCAGAAGUAGACGAUGUAGCAAUCAAAUGCAUGGAAGCCUUUUUAAGGUACAAAGCUAUUUAUGGUCGAUCAUUACUAACAGUUCAGAAAUCGGACAUUGUUUUAUGA